AUGGAGGAUGUUAUACGAGCAAAUACUAACUUAUAUUUAGUUAUUUUAACUGUUAAUAUCAGCGUAUGGUACUUAACAAAGAGGUCUCUAGUCAUAUCAACUGUCGAAAAAGCUAAACAAAUAGACAAACUAUCGUCGGAAGUGGAUUUUUUGGUUGAAAAACAUAAAUUAAUAAUCAAGAGAAUAAAAAUAUUUGUACUUCUGUAUUACACUUUUAACAUGUUCAAUGUUUUUCUAAUAUGGCUGCCUCUCCGAAGUGAUAUAUCCAGCACAUUGUAUACCGAAGACCCAUGCCCAGGUCUUAAUGUUACGAAAACGAUCAACAAGCACAUAUGCCGGACAAUAGUUUAUUUUCAAGACAUACUCGUUACUGUAGUGGUUAUUAACUAUCAAAGUCUACUGUUAUUCUUGAUAGCUCACACUGUGGCGAUGUACACACUUAUAUCGGAAGAGAUUCUUACUCUAAACGAUAUAGCUGAUGAAGCAGAAGUAAGAGACCGAUUGGCACCAGUCAUAGGAAGACACAUUCUGCUUCUAGACAUAGUGAAGAGUCUACAAUCUUUAUACAAUGUACCAAUCGGAAUAGACUUUGGAGCAAACGCAUAUUUCUUCUGUCUAUUCUUCACGCUUCCUCUGAAAGACUGGAUCGCUUUCGGACCUCUUCUGGGCUACUGCUUCAUAGCUUUCUUUCUUUAUUGCUUCCUCUGUCAAAAGUUGAAAGACUCUUCGGUGAUUUUCGAGAAAUCUGUGUAUGCUUGCGGCUGGGAGAAUUUCGGUGUUAGUGACAAAAAAACUGCGCUCAUCGUUUUGAAGUUAUCCCAAAGACCAGUACUGCUCCAAGCAGCACACAUUAUCCCGAUAGACAUUAACACAUUUGCCUCUACUGUGCAAGCUAUUUAUAAGUUUGUUACUGCAUUAAAAGUUUAG